AAAAAUAUUGUUCGGUCCGUUCUGUUUGUCACCUGUCUAAUAUAGUAGGUAAUUAAACUUUGUAGGUAUGUAAUCUUUUUCUUUAUAUUUAUCGAGCCGUAUUUAUAUCUAUUUCGUCUAAACAAUUAAUGUAACUCGUCAUCACUCGCCGAAUGGUUGAUGUGAAUAGGAAGAAAAGUGGUUUAUUUUUCAAUAAAAUGAGUUCUAAAAAAGGCAAGCGUAAUUUAGGUAAUAAGCACUUUCCAAUAGCGGAGUCUGUGAGCAUAGCUCUCAAGAUCCAAUUGGAUAAGUUUCUUAGCGAUGAAAAUGAGACAGAAUUGAAAUUCCCAACAUUCCUAUCCGCCCAGGAGAGGGGUUUUAUACACGAAACUGUCGCCAAAUUGGGCCUCAAGUCAAAAUCCCGCGGGAAAGGGGUUAAUCGCUACUUGACAAUAUACAAGCGGUUGGGCUCCACAAUUAUCCAGAAUGAUGCUAAACUUAUCCUUGAUUCCAAUAUGCGAUGUAGUAUUGCCGAGUUGUCAAAUGCAUUUCCUAUUACAAACAAGGAAAAGGAUGAUCUUAGCUGUUGUCCGGAGAAAGAGAGGAGCCCACAAUUAGCUCAUAAAACACUUGGACAGUUAAAUAAUGGAGUUGCCCAGAUACCAAACACGACAUACAAUCCAGACUUGGUAAAAUUCAGGGAUAAGUUGCCUGUAUAUGAGCAGAGACAAGAACUCAUUAAUGCCAUCACUCAUAAUCAGGUGAUAAUUGUAGCUGGUGCGACGGGGUGCGGGAAGACAACACAGCUGCCGCAGUUGGUGCUAGAUUACUGCCAGGAACACAAGCAGCCCGCCCGGAUAUACUGCACCCAGCCCAGGAGGAUAUCCGCAGUCUCCGUGGCGGAGAGGGUGGCAUACGAGCGCAUGGAGAAGAUUGGCCAGUCCAUUGGCUACCAGAUCCGCUUGGAGUCCCGAGUGAGUCCCCGGACCGUUCUCACGUACUGCACCAACGGAGUGCUACUGCGCACUCUCAUGCAGGGAGACUCUGCUCUUACUGGCGUAACGCACGUUUUCGUGGACGAAGUACACGAACGUGACAAAUUCAGCGAUUUCCUGCUGAUCGCUCUCCGGGACGCGCUCCCGAGACUUAAGGACCUCAAGCUGAUCCUCAUGUCCGCUACAAUGGACACUCAGAUAUUCUCCAGAUACUUCAACAACUGUCCAGUGAUGACUAUCCCAGGUCGCAUGUUCGAAGUGCAACGCUACUUCCUGGAGGAUAUUUUGAAGAUAACACAGUACCGGACCAAGAAGAUGAUCGCGGUGGAACACGAGCUGAGGGCCAAACUCAAGCAGGGGAACAGUUAUUGGUCGCAUCUCGAAGGUCAAAAGAAUAAAGAAGAUGCAACCGCAGGCAGCAGUAAGGAGAAAGAAGAAUCCGAAGAUAAGGUGGAUCCCGCACUGCAAGCUGAUAUGGAUGAGUUCUUAGAGGAUUGUUUUAGGGACGGAAGCUUGGACUCGUUCUGCCAAAUCCUAUACAUGUACCUGUCGGAGGGCGUGCCCGUGAACUGCGGCCAGAGCGGCUCGCGGCGCUGCGGGCUCAUGGCGGCCGCCGCGCACGGGCUGGCCGACACGGCGCGCCAGAUGCUCGCCAUGGGUGCCGACCCGACUUGCAAAGACAAAGACGGCAAAACAGCCUACGAUUACGCCGUCGAAAAAGGCCACACCGACUGUGCCAAACUACUAGCGUCUUAUAACCACGCGGAGGAAACUAAAGAGAAUAACGACGAAGAAAACGCAGCUGAUGCCUUCUUACUCGACGUAUACCACCACGCCGUCUCCGAAGAACUUAUAGACCACGAUUUAAUGCUAGCUUUGAUUAAACAUAUUCACCUGAACUUACCGAAAGGCAGUAUUUUAGUCUUUCUUCCCGGAUACGAUGAUAUCGUUACGCUCAGAGAUUUAAUCCAGGGUUGUGCAGAAAUGAACACGUCGAAAUACCAGAUUUUCACGUUACAUAGUAAUAUGCAGACAAUAGAUCAGAAGAAGGUGUUCAAUCCGCUGCCCAAUGCCAGGAAGAUCAUCAUAUCAACGAACAUAGCGGAGACCUCGAUCACGAUUGAUGACGUCGUGUAUGUGGUGGACUCAUGCAAGGUGAAGGAGAAGUACUACGAGUCGAGCGGCGGCGUGUGCUCGCUGCAGCGCGUGUGGGCGUCGCGCGCGGGCGCGGCGCAGCGCGCGGGCCGCGCGGGCCGCCUGCAGCCGGGCCGCUGCUUCCACCUGGCGUCGCGGCGCCGCCUGGCCGCGCUGCCCGCCGCCGCGCCGCCCGAGAUGCUGCGCGUGCCGCUGCAGGAGCUGUGCCUGCACACCAAGCUGCUGGCGCCGCCCAACACGCCCGUCGCCGACUUCCUGGCGCGCGCGCUGGAGCCGCCCUCGUUCCUGGCCGUGCGCAACGCCGUGGCGCUGCUCAAGACCAUCGGCGCGCUCACGCCCGUGGAGGACCUCACGGAGAUCGGCCAGCACCUGCUCGACCUCACCGUCGAGCCCAAGCUCGGCAAGAUGCUGCUGUACGCCUGCGUGAUGAAGUGCCUCGACCCGAUCCUGACCAUCGUGUGCGGCCUCGCCAACAAGGAGCCCUUCCAGAUCUCGAUGAACCCGGAGCACAGGAAGCGGGGCAGCGCCGCGAGGAAGGAGUUCGCGGCCGACAGCUACUCGGAUCACAUGGCGCUGCUGCGGGCCUUCCAGGCCUGGCAGACCGCGCGGGCCAACGGCACCGAGCGAGCCUUCUGCGCUAAAAAUCUUAUCUGCGGCGCCACCAUGGAGAUGAUCGUCGGCUAUCGCUCGCAGUUACUCGCCCAGCUUCGCGCGCUCGGAUUAGUCAAAGCUCGCGGCUCGGGUGACAUCAAAGACGUCAAUCUGAACUCGGAAAAGUGGCACGUGGUAAAAGCGGUACUCGUCAGCGGAUUGUAUCCAUCGAUAGCGCGCGUCGAUCGGGAUUCGGGCACUUUGCGGACGUCGAAAGAAGUAAAGGUCGCGUUCCAUCCGAGCUCUACCCUUCACCGCGGCGGCAGCGCGGCGGCUUCGGCUAAGUCCGUGCAAGCGUUACCAACAGAUUGGAUAGUUUUUGAAGAGAUAUCUCGAGCCGGGCGUUUCUGUUUCGUGCGUACGUGUACUUUAGUGACUCCGUUGACCGUGGCGUUAUUCGGCGGUCCUCUCAGACUUCCCGCGGGAGCGCUCACGCAAAGAGCUAAUCCGCCCGGAUUAUCCAGCGAUUCAGAUAGCGAAGCGGACGAAAGGAAUGCCUCGCCAGACGCCGCGGUGUUGGCCCUCGACGACUGGACCGCGUUCACGGCGGACGCGUCAGACGCCAUAAGCGUUUAUUAUCUACGACAGAAGUUGUGCGCGUUAGUCGUCCGCCGCAUGUCGAACCCGGCGAAGCCCAUGACGCCGCUCGACGAGCAGAUUCUCAGCACCGUGGUGCACGUAUUGGGCGCCGAAGAGAAGAACGUCGGUCUGAGCCAGCCCAGCGGGAUCGGUCAGCGACCGAAGCCUUUGACGGUGGAUUCUCCGAACUGGCGCACUCGCAUGGACGAGGAGCAACGGCACGACAAUAAGUACUACCCUCAAUACGCGCAAAACGAGUACCCCGGGAAUGCGUUUUAUCAGAACGCGUACGGUUAUAGAAACGGGCAGGCGCGGCCGGGCCCGUGGCGGGGGGACGGCCAGAGCGCGGCGCCCCGCAGCCCGCUGUCGCCGGGCGGCAGGGCUCUGCUGGCGCCCGGCGAGCGGCUCGCGGAGGGCGAGGCGGUGCGCUUCGUGGUGGCGAAGGUGGACGACCUGGCGGGCCUGGACGCCGCGCACCGCACCAACAGCUUCCCCUUCUCGCCGCCCACCGCUAAGAAACUGCAAAAGUUUAAACAGGAGGGCAACCAAGUGGUAGUGUUCUUCUCGUGCGCGUCAGUGUCCAAGUUCGUGGGGAGCGCGGCCAUCACCGACACCAACUGCUCGCUGGAGUGGCUCUCCACGCAACACGUGCCUUACCAAACUAUAAGGAAUUCCGUAGCGUACGGCGCGCGCACGAUCGGCGCGCGCGACGGCACGGAGCUGUGCGCGGCGGCGGGCGCGGCGCUGCAGCACGCGCUGCUGCGGCGGCGCGCGCACGCGCACCCGCACCCCCGCCCCAUACAGAAACACCAGGCGCAGGGGGAGCAGUAGCCGGGGCCGCGACGUGAUUCUAACCGCAACUAAUUCGCAGAACAUACAUGUCCAAAAAUUUCCACUUGGAAGCCAGCAUAGAUAUACUACCGCGAUAAGCUCGUCGAACCACGGGGUAGUGGUAAGUUUUCCAACGAACUAUAAUAUGUGAUUCUAUAUCGUAGGAUUUAUAACGAAGACGUUAGGAGGUUCAAUGUGGCCAGUUAACAAAAAAUUUAGUGUCGUGUAUUUAGAUAUGAAAUAACUGAGAAAAUUUUUACUAAAUUUUUUUUUAUUAAAAUGUUCACUACAUAGAGUUAUUUUCUUUUUAUAACGAAUCUUAAUAUUUCCUUAAUUGUUUUCUUUUUCUUCUUCGCAUAGCAUAAAUAACAUAAUAAGAAUAUGUAUUUACCAUGGAGCAUUUUGAUGUCAAGGCAUGGAAAUGCUCUAGGUAUAAGAGGGGACGAGGAGGAAAUAGCUUUGGCGUUAUAAUAUUAUUGCCCUAACAAGCAAUCAUUCGGCUGAAAAUGUUUUGAUGUAAAGAAAUUUCAUUGUUUAAGAUUUUAACAUUUUAUAACUGUAUAUAGAGAUUAUUCCAAUCUUUUAACACUAUAAAUUACAUUUUCAUAAAAAAUAUAAAGUUUUGUCCUAUUAUGUCAAGAGUAAACAUGUAAAUCGAACUGUGCAUAUUUUGCUGUCAUCAGUCAUCAUUAAAACAUUACGAUGUUUAACCUAUGUGAUUCAAGUAUUAAAAAAUAUCUCGUUUUAAAAUAAUGUUUUGAAAAUAAUGAAACAUUUUUGUCUAUAUUCUUAGUAAAAGAAGUACAAUAAUAUUGUUACAUUUUCGGUUGUAAUUUAUGACUAAUAAAUAAACUAUUUAUGUCAAGUUUAUAAAUAAUAAAUUUUGUGAUCAAAGUUUCUUACAGGGAAAUUUACCAGUGCAAUAUAUUUUAUUAGGUACAUAAGUACUAAUAAGACUUAUUGUUCGCACAAUACGAAACUUAUGGACCGACUAGAAGACUUUUGGUUGUAAGCUUUACCUACUUUUGGUAAAAUUUUAAUGAAUAUUCUACUUUUAUGGAAUAAAAAUUUGUGACACACCAUAAAUUUUCUUACUCUUUAAGGGUAAAGUGUGAUUUGAGAAUGACUAAGUAUAUCUAUGAAUAAGCAGUUAAGGAACAAGACAAGGGUAGGCUACACGCCGUAGUGGAAGGAUGGUUAUAUAAAAUAAUCUGAUGAUUAAUAAAAAAUGCGUGAAACUAUGACAUUGAAGACUAAGGCCUAAGAGUGGGAAAUUCACAAGAUCUCGAAAUCUAGAAGAAUACAGCAUUAUAGCACAAUUUCAAAUGAUCAUUGAUUGUUGAAUUUUAAUGUUGUAAUAUUUUAGUUGAAAAAAUUCUUAAGUUUUUAAUGAAAUGCAUUGAUGUGUGGUAGAACCAUGCAAGAAAUAUUUAAGAUUUACUGAGUAUUCUUGUCCAGAUUUAUAUGUUUAUGAUAUACAUAUAAAUGUAUACAGAUUGUAUAAGCGCUUUGUACGUUUGUUACUGUGUGUUCUUUUCCCAAAUAGUAUUUUUUUAUUAUUCUUUUAUUUGCUCACUAAAAUAUCUAUGAUGAAAUAAAACUUUGUCCUUAUGAAAAAUUAUAAAGUUUGUGAAACUAACUUUUUAUUUGUACCUCGUUUCGUUCGUCGUUAUUUAGAUAAUUAAUAUCAUACAUAUUUUAUGUACAUAUUUAAUUCAUGUUAUGCAUUAUUUGCAUAAGAAAAAAGUGGUUUAGUGAAAGUUUGUGACUAAAUGUUAGAAAAAACAGCGGUUUCAGUUUAGAAUAAACUAAUGACAAAGUU